CUGGACCUGAACGAGACGGAGAGGACCUCAUUCAUUCGUUUGGUCUCGUCUUCAGAACUGAUCCCAGGAGGUUCGAGACAUGAGUGGAGUCACAGUUUGGGCAGAGGACGGGGACAUAGCUCAGGAGGAGGUGCGUCUCUCUCCCUCCUGGUCAGAGGCGCGUUGUGAGGAGCUCUGGGAUCGGGUGGAGGGGGUACGGCACAAGCUGACGCGCAUCCUCAACCCGGCCAAACUCACCCCGUAUCUGCGCCAGUGCAAGGUCAUCGAUGAGCAGGAUGAAGACGAGGUGCUCAACUCCACGCAGUACCCGCUGCGCAUCAGCAAGGCCGGUCGCUUGCUGGACAUCCUGCGUGGUCAGGGCCAGCGAGGUCUCCAAGCCUUCAUGGAAUCACUGGAGUUCUACCACCCUGACCAGUACACACAGCUGACCGGAGAGCAGCCCACACAGCGGUGCUCCCUCAUACUGGAUGAGGAGGGUCCGGAGGGGUUGACCCAGUUCCUGCUUCUGGAGGUGCGUAAACUGAGGGAGCAGCUUCGAAGCAGCCACAUGUGUGAGCGCCGCCUGUCUCAGCGCUGCCGGAUGGCGGAGGACGAACGCAGCCGAGCCGAACGCAAAGCUCAGGAGUUGCGUCAGGACAGACUGCAGGUUGAGAGGAUGCGUCAGGACUGGGAAUCGGGCAGUCGAGAGCUGGGCAAGCUGAAAGACAGGCACCUUGAUCAGGCUGUGAAGUACUCCAGGGCCCUGGAGGAGCAAAGCAAGGCCUCCAUCCGGGAGAGUGAACUACUGAGGCAGGUAGAGGAGCUCAGGUCCAGGUUGACAGCGGCAGACCAACAAGCAAUCAAUCCUUCAGGGAGCACCACGCCAGCAAAGAGAAACAGUUUGCUUCUUAAUGGAACAAAUGGUUCUCCACCUGCUUUGCCAGAAAAGCCGCUGCACCACACUGAAGUUCACAAAGCUGAGAAUACAGGAAGUCAGACGAGGAACUCCACCGGAGUCAUAGCUCUGAUGGAUAUCCUGCAGCAGGACCGCAGGGAGGCUGCAGAGCAGAGGCAGGAACUCUGUGAUGUCAUCACCAGACUACAAGGAGACCUACAGAGCACUGAGGAGCACUGGGACGAGCUGGAGUCCCAGUGCGAGCAGCUGCAGCUGAAGGUGAGGACUCUCCAGCUAGACUGGGAGACUGAACAGAAGAGGAGCAUGUCCUAUUUCAACCAGAUCAUGGAGCUGGAAAAGGAGAGAGACCAGGCUCUGCGUAGUCGAGACAGCCUGCAGUUGGAGUACACCGACUGUCUGCUGGAUAAGAACCGUCUGCGUAAACGCAUUGCAGAGCUGCAGGCCAACCUGGAGCAGCAGCAGAGGGAGCUGCAGAGAGAGAGGGAGAGGAGCCGGGAGCAACUGGAGCAGAGCAGCCCCAGUCUGCACUGUUCUCACCUGUCCCUGUGCAGUGAGGACCAGUGCUACGGCCCCUGCUGUUCCCUCGGCCUGGACCUGAGACCCCAGGCCAAUGGCACCCGCCCGCUGCUACAAAAGACGCCCUCGAGUGGCCAUGCCAAUGACAACUCUGAGGAUUCUCGGUCCAACUCAGAGGAGUAUCUCCUCUCAUCAACAGAGGACAACGAAAAAGAAAUAAAUCGACUCUCCACAUUCCCCUUCCCACCGUGUAUGAACUCCAUCAACCGACGAUUCAACACCGAGUUUGAAUUGGACUCGUGGGGCAGUGAUGAGAAUGAUAACAUUACAGGUGAACAGAGUGAACCUUCUUUGUGGGAUUCGUGGAACUCUCAGCUCUUCCCCCCUGACCUGGUCAACCUGCCUGAAGCCUCUUCACAGCAACCCAAAUCCACCGUUUCCAGGACGCCCUCCCGCUCCCCAUCCUCAAGCCCCCGCCUCUCACCAAAGCACACGAGAGCCAGUCUCGCUGACGACAUUACGAUAGUCGGAGGAACCCAAACAGGGAUCUUCGUCAGCCACGUGAGAGCUGGUUCCCCAGCUGAAUUAUGUGGACUGAAAGAGGGCAGCGAGCUGCUGGAGCUGGAGAGGGUUCUGUUUGGUGGGGGCAGGGUGCUGCUGGGCCAGUGCACUGCUGAGGUAGCCCACUUUUUUCUGCAAUGGUGGGCUGAGCCUUCAACGCUCAAACACCAGAGCAACCCAGAGGCAUACUCCAAGCUGUGCUCCCACCUAUCGUCGCCUACUUGUAUGGGUGCUGACUCCUUCUACGUGCGUGUUAAUCUCAACAUGGAGCCUCUCGGUGACCCACCGUCUCUGGGUGUGUCCUGUGACGACAUAAUACACGUCACAGACACAAGGUACAAUGGAAAAUACCAUUGGCACUGUUCGCUGGUGGACCCACACACCACCAAGCCCCUGCAGGCAGGAACUAUGCCCAACUACAACAGGGCACAACAGUUGUUACUUGUUCAGCUCCGAAAAAUGGCCCUGGAGCAGAAAGACUUCAAGAGGAAGUUCUUGAAGAAAGCAUCCGGACGUGUACGACUGGUCAAGGCAGUGGACCCCAGUUGCCGUGGGAUUGGUUCCACACAGCAGGUCCUUUACACACUUAGCAAACGUCACGAGGAGCACUUGAUCCCGUACAGUUUAGUGCAGCCGGUGCAGAUUCAGGCGAAGCGGCCGGUCAUCUUCUCCCCCUCUCUUCUCUCCCGUCGUCUCAUCGAGAGGCUGCUGCAACCACCAGAGUCUGGUUUGAAGUUCAACACCUGCCCACCAGAGCCUAUCCAGGCUUCAGAGAGGCGGGACAAGAUAGUGUUCCUGUUGGAUCCCUGCAGUCUAGAGACGGCUCUGGGAAUACGGCUGCAGUCAAUACAGGAUGUCAUCAGCCAGGACAAGCACUGUCUGCUGGAGCUGGGGCUGCCCAGUGUUGAGGGCUUAUUGAGACAGGGGGUGUACCCUAUUGUCAUCCAUAUCCGCCCGAAGAACAAAAAGAACAAGAAGCUGAGGAAGCUUUUUCCACGGUGUGGGGAGGACAGCGUAAUGGAGGAGGUGUGCCAGGCCGAGGAGCUGCAGCUGGAGACAUUGCCCCUGCUCCACUACACCCUGGAGCCCAGCACAUGGAGCUGUACUGAUGAGCUGCUGGCAGCCAUACGUAAUGCCAUCCACAGCCAGCAGAGGGCAGUGGCAUGGAUCGAACUGGAUCGGCUGCAGUAGAAUGGAGAAACAGCAUAUUUAUGUUCAUUCAUGCAAACUACAAAACUAGAUUCUCUUGGCUAUAAAUCAAGAAUCUGGCAGCUGAUAGCAGGUAACAAACCACAGCCAGGUUUCUGGAGACGAUUAACAUUCAGUGAUAGAUCAUCAUACUAUUCUAAGGGAGUCGAACAAGAUAUACUUCAGGAUUUACUGGUAAUCCUAAUAAUUUUGGAGAAUUCUCAUCUAUGUAGCCAAGCUGGACUUGUUACAAUGGGAGGAUAGGAAAAACAUUCUAAAACUAAAACAGAUUUGACCCACAGGAAGGUACAUAGCAAUAAGGUAGUAACAAUGUAGCUGUUUUUAUCAAUAGGAAUUAUUCCAUGAUACUUUUUUUCCUUUCAGUUGUAUUACAUUACUGUACUUUAAACACUGAAGGGAUAACACAAGGUGCUAAUUGUUUUUAGCACGUUGAUCCCUGGCUAUUCAGUUGUGUUGUGAGUGGAAUUUUAAGCUGUGAGGACACAAAUGGGGGACAACAUAGGUGACGGGGAUUGUAAUAUGUUGUAAGCAGGGAGGUAGUGAGGUUGCUAAUCUGCUUAUCCACAGGUCGUACUUAAAAGUAUCACACUGGCAUAACUGUAAUUAUAUGAACAGAUUUUCAGAAAAACUGAAUUUGUGACGAUUUUUAGGUGGGAUGUGUAUGACUGAAAGUCAGCAAGUGCUGCAUUUGUAUUUACAAUACACUGUACAGCAGAAACUGUAAUUAAGUUGGAAACAUUGCCUUGUUUUGUACUGCUAAAAAUAAUUUUUAAAAAAUUUCAUU